GCCUGGGUCAGGAAAUGUGAGCAGAGCUGAUGGAGGCGGAGAAGCGGGGCUGAAGGUUUGCACCAGCGCUGGAUGUGACAGCAGGCAGCUGAGAGCUUCGCAGCUUGCGCAGUGUCCAACCCAGGUCCGGCACAGACCUGACCAUGGAGGGCUGCCACUGGACAGUUGCUGGCACCCUGCUUCUGGUUUCCCUCAUCCUGAGCUCCAGAACAGCUCGCUCAGAGGAAGACCGAGACUCACUGUGGGAUGCCUGGGGCUCGUGGAGCGAAUGUUCACGCACUUGUGGAGGAGGGGCUUCGUAUUCACUGAGACGCUGCCUGAGCAGCAAGACCUGUGAAGGGCGAAACAUCCGAUACAGGACAUGCAGCAAUGUGGACUGCCCACCAGAAGCAGGUGAUUUUCGCGCCCAGCAGUGCUCUGCUCACAACGAUGUCAAGUACCAGGGACAGUUUUAUGAGUGGCUCCCUGUCUCUAAUGACCCUGACAACCCAUGCUCACUGAAGUGCCAGGCCAGAGGAGCGGAUCUGGUUGUGGAGCUGGCACCGAAAGUUCUGGAUGGGACUCGGUGCUACACUGAAUCCCUGGACAUGUGCAUCAGUGGCUUGUGCCAGAUCGUUGGCUGUGACCGCCAGCUGGGAAGCACUGUCAAGGAAGAUAACUGUGGGGUCUGCAAUGGCGAUGGGUCCACCUGCCGGUUGGUUCGAGGCCAGUAUAAAUCCCAGCUCUCAGCAAAUAAAUUGGAUGAUACAGUGGUUGCUAUUCCCUAUGGAAGCAGGCAAAUUCGCCUUGUGCUGAAAGGACCCGAUCAUUUAUAUUUAGAAACCAAAAGUCUCCAGGGUGUGAAGAGUGAAAACAGCCUCAGCUCCACAGGCUCCUUCCUAGUGGACAAUUCUAGCAUCGACUUCCAGAAGUUUCCUGACAAGGAGAUACUAAGAAUAUCUGGGCCUCUCACUGCAGACUUCACUAUCAAGAUCCGCUAUGCUGGUGCUGCCGACAGUUCAGUUCAGUUUAUCUUCUAUCAGCCCAUCAUUCAUCGAUGGAGGGAAACUGAUUUUUUUCCAUGUUCAGCAUCCUGUGGAGGAGGUUAUCAACUAACAUCUGCUGAAUGUUUUGAUCUGAGAAGCAACCGGGUAGUAGCAGAUCAGUACUGUCACUAUUAUCCUGAAAAUAUCAAGCCAAAGCCAAAACUUCAAGAGUGUAAUCUGGAUCCUUGUCCUGCAAGUGAUGGAUACAAGCAGAUCAUGCCCUAUGACCUCUACCAUCCCCUUCCUCGAUGGGAAAGUACACCCUGGACCGCCUGUUCCUCAUCCUGUGGAGGGGGCAUUCAAAGCCGCAGUGUCUCAUGUGUGGAAGAAGACAUUCAGGGGCAUAUCAGCCCUGUGGAAGAAUGGAAGUGCAUGUACACUCCAAAGAUGCCUGUUGUCCAGCCUUGCAAUGUAUUUGACUGCCCAAAGUGGCUUGCUCAGGAAUGGUCUCCGUGCACUGUGACCUGCGGACAAGGACUCAGAUACCGUGUGGUCCUUUGCAUUGAUCACAGGGGGAUGCAUACAGGAGGCUGUAGUCCUAAAACAAAGCCACACAUAAAAGAAGAAUGCAUUGUACCCACUCCUUGCUACAAACCCAAAGAGAAACUUCCCAUGGAAGCAAAGUUGCCAUGGUAUAAGCAGGCUCAAGAGCUGGAGGAAGGAGCAGUGGUUUCUGAAGAACCUUCGUUUAUUCCUGAGGCUUGGUCCACCUGUAGUGUCACCUGUGGAGUGGGCAGUCAGGUGCGGCUUGUGAAAUGUCAGGUGCUCCUCUCUUUCUCUCAGUCUGUGGCUGACUUGCCCAUCGACGAAUGUGAAGGUCCCAAACCUGUGUCUCAGAGAGCCUGUUACAGUGGCCCCUGCAGUGGGGAGGUGACUGAGUAUACCCCAGAGGAAAGUGACCUGCUGUAUGGUAGCUUGCAGGAUUUUGAUGAGCUCUAUGACUGGGAAUACGAGGGCUUUACGGAAUGCUCAGAGUCCUGUGGUGGAGGUGUCCAGGAGGCUGUGGUGACCUGCCUGAACAAACAAACCAGGGAGACCGCAGAAGAGAUGCUGUGUGUAACCAGCCGCCGCCCUCCACAGCUGCUGAAAGCCUGUAGCCUGGACCCUUGCCCCCCAAGAUGGGAGAUUGGGAAAUGGAGCACCUGCAGUCUUACCUGUGGGGUUGGAUUGCAGACACGAGAUGUCUUCUGUUCUCAUCUACUAUCAAGACAGACUAACGAGACCGUGAUUUUGGCAGAUGAAUUGUGCUAUAAACCUAAGCCAUCCCUCGUGCAAGCCUGUAAUCGCUUUGACUGCCCACCCUCCUGGUAUCCUACAGAAUGGCAAGAGUGUUCACAGACAUGUGGCAGUGGUAUCCAAAAGAGAGAUACACUUUGUAAGCAGCGCCUGGCAGAUGGAAGCUUGUUAGAGCUGCCAGAAACGUUCUGCUCCACACCAAAGCCAGUUACCCAACAAGCCUGCAAAAAUGAGGAUUGUCCCAGUGAGUGGCUUCUCUCUGACUGGACACAGUGUUCAGUGAGCUGCGGAGAGGGCACCCAGGGUCGAAAUGCCAUUUGCAGAAAGAUGCUGAAAACCGGAGGUUUUGUCAUCAUCAAUUCCUCACUGUGCCCACCUUUGCCAUUCUCAUCCUUGGUCAGGCCCUGUGCACUAGGCACCUGUACAAGGCACAACAGGCCAGCUCAUAAACAAAGCCCCCAUAUUAUGGCCAUAAAGAAAGUUUACAUCCAGACAAGGAAGCAGAAGAAACUACACUUUAUUGUGGGUGGGUAUGCCUACCUGCUGCCCAAAACCUCUAUUAUACUCCGAUGCCCCACAAGGAGGUUCCGGAAAUCAAUGAUCACUUGGCAGAAGGAUGACAAGAGGCUCGUCAGCUCAGUUCACAUCACUAUUGCACCCUACGGGUACAUGAAAAUCCAUCAUUUGAAGCCUUCAGACACAGGGACAUACACCUGCACAGCAGGGCCAGCCCAGGAGCAUUUUGUAAUUAAACUAAUUGGAAGCAACAAAAAGAUCAUUACUGGUCAGCCAGCUGGUAUUAGGGAGGGAGAGGUCAUGAGAAAAGCCAGCUUAAAUGAAGCCUUGCGAACAGAGGAGAAACGUAUCAGUGGGAUUCUCUUCAACGGAAGCAAGGCUGAAAAGCGAGGACACCUUAGUGAUCCCAGCAGGUGGUAUGAUGAUAUCGUCUCAAGGCUGCUGCAGCACAGGGGCUGGCCAGGGGAAGAUCUGGAGUCCUGGGAAACCCAGGAGUCGACAGAGAGAAAUGCAUCCUCAGAGGAGGACCAGAGCCGGGAGUAUAGCUUGCCAUUUACUAUGGUUACAGAACAGAAACGCUUGGAUGAUAUCAUAAGGAAUUUGUCUCAACAGCCUGAGGAGCUUAAAGAUGUCUACACUGAGCAGAUUGUCAUGCAGCUAGCUCAUGAGGUUUUCAAGAGCCACAUGGAGCACCAGGAAUCUGUCCUCAAAGCAUCAAGGCGAAGAGUAGAUUCAACCUCGGUGGAGUAUCCUCUUCACAGACAUGUUUCUGGAUUUACCAGCUCCCUGAGGACUUCAUCUGCUGAAGCAUUUCUUCCCACCUCUGUAGAUGUGGCAAAGGGAUUGCACAGACCUCAUCAAAAGCCUGCCAUCCUCCGAAAGAUUUCAGCAGCACAACAGCUUUCUGCUUCAGAGGUCGUUACCCACCUGGGACAGACAGUGGUCCUAGCCAGUGGUACACUGAGUGUGCUCCUUCACUGUGAAGCAGUGGGAAACCCAAAGCCCACCAUCACCUGGGCUAAGAAUGGAGAGGAGGUGAAAUACAAUGAUAGGAUGCUACUUCAGCCUGAUGACUCCUUGCAGAUUCUAGCACCUGUGGAAGCUGAUGUGGGUUUCUAUGCUUGCAAUGCAUCCAAUGCCCUGGGAUCUGACUCUGUCUCUAUUGCUGUCACUCUAGCAGGAAAGCCACUGAUAAAGGCAUCAAGAGCUACUGUGAUAAACACUGAAUUUCCAGCUGUUACUGUGGAUAUCGGAAGCACAGUGAAAACAAUCCAAAGAGCAAAUGUUACAAUCAGCUGCCAGGUUGCAGGUGUUCCUGAAGCAGAAGUUACUUGGUUUAAGAACAAGGUCAAGCUGUCCUCUGCUCACUAUCCGAAUGGUGGAUUGCUGCUAAUUGUAAACGUUUCCCUGUCAGAUCAGGGGUUGUACUCCUGCAAGGCAGCCAAUCUUCGUGGGGAGGUAACUGAAAGCUCCCAGCUGUUGGUUCUUGAGCCUCCACGACCUCUUCCUUACCUAGAAGACUUUACAGCAGUGGUUUCCAGUGCUGGGACCAACACUCAUUCAGUGCUGACCUCUCCUUCAGGAACAAAAAUGACCAUCAGUCCAGGAAGCUCUGCUCUCAUAGGUUGUGCUGUGGAUGGUCAUCCAACCCCGAACAUCACCUGGCUUUACUCUGGCAAGCCUUUCAGCCUGCAGCAUCGCCUCCUGGCAGCAGGCCGUAUUCUUCAGAUAUUCAACAUCAGUGAUGCUCCUGAUGGUGAAUUCAGCUGCCUUGCUCAGAAUGAGGCUGGCUCGCUCACACAAAAAACGUCCCUGGCUAUACAAGAAUACCAGUGGUCAGUGGACAAGCUAAUGGCUUGUUCAGCUUCCUGUGGCCACAAAGGUGUGCAGAUGCCCCAGCUGAGGUGCUUACUGGAUGGGGAUGAAGUCAACAUAUCCCACUGCAAAGAGAAGCCCAAGCCAGUCCUGCAGCCCAUCGCAUGCAACAGGAGGGACUGCCCUUCACGAUGGAUGGUGACGUCGUGGUCUCCUUGCACACAGAGCUGCGGUGGAGGCAUCCAGAUGCGGCGAGUGACGUGUCAGCGCCUGACAGCAAAAGGCAACUCUGUCCCAAUGUCAAACGAGGCUUGUGCCCAGGUUUCCAAGCGCCCUGUGGAUGCACAGAACUGUAACAGGCAGCCCUGUGUUGAGUGGGUGGCCUCCUCCUGGAGUCAGUGUAACGGGCCUUGCAUUGGACCACGACUGGCUGUACAGCACAGGCAAAUAUUUUGCCAGACCAAAGAUGGGACUUCUGUGUCAUCUGAUCAAUGCAGUGCCUUACCGAGGCCACUGAGCACCCAGAACUGCUGGACUGAUGUCUGUGGCGUGCACUGGAGGGUCAGUCUGUGGACCGUCUGCACAGCUACAUGUGGAAACUACGGCUUCCAGUCCCGGCGCGUGGACUGCGUCCACGUCCACACCAACAAGCCAGUGCUGGAGCAUCACUGCUCCUGGAGGCCGCGGCCGGCAAACUGGCAGCGCUGCAACAUCACACCCUGUGAAAACGUGGAGUGCAGAGACACAACAAGGUACUGUGAGAAAGUGAAGCAGCUCAAACUCUGCCAGCUCACCCAGUUCAAGUCACGCUGCUGUGGGACUUGUGGAAAAUCUUGAAGAGAAAAGCAGUGAAAACGGAGGAACACGGGGAUCACAGACUUUGCUUCACAGAGGCAAGGACUUUUAUGGAAAAUAUAAAUGGAAUGGAAUUCUUUUUUUGCAUUUUAUUUAUUUAUUUCCCUAAAAAAAGAGAAAAAAAAGGAAAGAAAACCUUUUACCAAAUUGUUGUUGUUAAGGGACUUAACAAGUUUUCCCUUCUGUGAAUCUGGGAGACAGAGUGCAGCAAAACAUGGUCGUGAGGGUACACCACAAAGAGUCAGUGAGCCCCAUGGCACCAGCAAUGGGCCUGAGAGGAAUGGGGUUACCCUAUAAUCCAUGUAUGUGCUGGGGAUACACCAACAGACAGAUGGGGAAGCAAAUCAGGGUAAAAACCUAGCAUCACUUUGGGCCACCACAAUAUGAAACAAAUAACCAAACAGAUUGACAGGCCAUGGGGUACUAGAUUAAAAAAAAAAAAAAAAAAAAAAAAAAGGCUAAACCAAACAUUCAUCUGAGAAAAUAAGCGUACAAUUUUGCUUUAUAAACCUAUUUGUUACAUCCAAGAUUGGAUUCCUUUUUUUCUUUCUAAACCCCUCUCUCCUUCUCACACCAGGUCUUCAAAUAAUUCCAGUGGGAGAUCCUCAUGGGCUUAGAGGAUCUGGUGUCUGGAGAAGCUGGACAAUGGUGUGUAACAUGAAUGAGUCUAAAACACACCUGAAAAUGUUCCCAGGUUGUGCUUGUGAGGGAGGAUUGGGGAUAGGAGGGUUGCCCUCAGCACAGAGGUGAGGCAACAUCAUUAAUUAUUACCCAGGAGGAGGAUACAAAGCACCGUCUGCUGCUGACAGACUGUAGUACAAACCUGCAAAUGCUGUCCUGUAGCAAGCACAUCCCUUUCUGUCCUAUCUAUCACAUCCUGUCAAGGAAAGAUAGAAACUGUCUGUGGUAACAGGAGCUACUUCCACUGCAUCCUACUAACACUUAUUAAAAGAGAGGAGGAGGAGUUGCCAGAUUUCAGGUGCUUUCAGGCCUGGAGUUCUGAAAAGAAACUUGAGGAAGAGGGUUUUCCUGUCCUGCUAACACAAAACUUCUCCCUCCUGGUAGCCAAGCCUUUUGGACAAGUAGUGGAAAAGAGCUGUAUUCUCAUUUUUUGUGGUUAUUUCUAGUCAAGCAGAAACAGUGUGGAUUCAGCAUCAACCCCAGAGGACUAACACAAAUAAUUUUUAACAAACUUGCUUCUUUCCAGCUGCCUCCGGCAACAAAACAGGUGCUACAAAGCAGCACAUUUUCAAGCUCAUUUAUAACGCCCUGAAGAUAUAAUAUAAAAAGUGAGGCUCAAACAUCACACCCACAGCACGACUUUGCAUGCUGUCUGUGAGUCUUUCCCCCAGCCAGCUGCAUUGGUUAUUCAGCCAGUAAAGUGCUUCAUGCUUUUAGUUCCUGGGCACUCUCUGAUCUGCUCAAAAAGGGCCCUAAAAUUAGAGGAAAUCUACAAAGUAGCAAGGUUAAGCAUCACUAAACUUUAAAGGAGAGCUGUCUGGACCUGAGGCUUUGGUUCAAGACCAUCUCUAAGUUAAAGGCUUGGCUGUGCCCCUCCUGUCACACCCAGUGGGGCUCAUGCCUUGUGGUAUGCUAACAAAAUGCUGUUCAAGUACUGCUGUGUUACAGCUUCCAUGACGUGGAUUUUUCAGCAAAACUGGGAGUCUGCUUUUGAGGUCAGUGCCAUCAUGACAUUAAAUUGCCUCAAGUUGAGUUACUUCAAGACACAUCUGGCAGUGAACACUCUUCUUACAAAUGGGUCUUCAAGAAAGAGCAUUGCUAAGCGUCAGUGUAACUUUUAUUUAAAUAAAGAAUGUCUUUGUAUGUAAAUGUAUAUCUUUUCUGUAUAUUUAUUAGGAUUUCUUGUAUAAAAAGUGCAAUAUUAAUAAUUGUAUAUUAUUUUGUCCAGAUAAAACUAUUUUGGGGUU